AUGAGAAACGUGGGUCAUCUGUGGAAAUCUUAUGCUUCCAGGGGUGGACGUUUCCAUACAAGACAAUUCCUCAGUCGAAGAAUUGCAUUUAAUAAUGUUUCGACCAAUCCUCAUCUGCCGGCCUUGUGUCAUUCCAGACAUUUCAGAUAUUCUCGUAGCUGGCAGGCAGGCGGUGCAUUCCUCAUGUCGCUUAGUCUCUUUGACUUUUGGCAAAACAAAGAGAAAGCUACGUCCGAAGAUCGACUUAAAAGAUUAGUGUAUGAAGCGAAGAAAGCUCAAAAGGACGGCGACCUGUUAAAAAGUGAGAAAUUCUAUCAUGAGGCCCUCAAUUUAAUCAAGCAAAGACACCAAGAAAAGGAAAUAGAUGAUGAUGACCAUCUUCAGGCACGGACCUACAUCUUCGAUUGCCUUGCAAACUUGGCUUUCAGUCAAAGAGAAUUCAAUAAGGCCGAAAGGCUGUAUAAAGAGACCAUCAAAGGUUGUGUUCAAGCAGGAAUGCAUCACACUGGAAAUGUCAUUAUUGAAAUUUCCCUUAAACUCGCAAAUAUCUAUGCAAUACAGAAUCGUCCGGAAGAAGCCGUUACUGGCUUUGAAUUUUGCAUUAAUGCUCAGAAAGAAAAGAGUGAAUCCUCAGAAGAAGAAUUCGACAAAGACACAGAGGCUCUGCUAGGUAUGUCUUUGGACAGUUAUGGUCGAUACCUGCUUCAUCUGGGUAAUUAUAACAAAGCUGAGGAGAUGCUUAAAGACUCCUACAAAAUUGCCCUCAAGUGUCUUGGUGAGAAUCACCGUCAAACUCUGGUGAUUAUGAUCAAUUUAGCCGUCGCAAAAAUUUUCAAAAAAGACUACAGUGUGGCCGAGGAUCUGCUUCUGAAAGCUAUAAAGGUUGGCACUGAAAUCGAUGCGGAAGAGCUCCCUGCUCUCUAUUGCAACUUGGGUGCAAUAUACCUUGCCCGUCAGCAAAUGACCGAAGCCUACGAUGCUUGCGUUAAAGCAAUGGAAAUGGCCAAGCAAUACAAAGAUAACUUUGCUGUCAAAAAGGCUAAAAUUUGUCUAGACAAAGUGACCGGCUCACAUAAGGAAAAAUUGAAAGCAACUGAGCAAAAAAAAAGUUGA